AUGAAACAUCAAAAGAUUCUUGUGGACGACAUCUUUUUCACGGACGAAAUUUUUUCACAGAUGAAACAUCAAAAGAUUCUUGUGGACGACCUCUUUUUCACAGAUGAAACAUCAAAUGAUUCUUGUGGACUAACCUUUGGACUAACCUUUUUUCACAGAAACAGCACAAGAUUCUUGUGGACGACCUCUUUUUUCACAGAAGAAACAUCACAAGAUUCUUGUGGACGACCACUUAUUUCACAGACGAAAUAUGAAACAUCAAAAGAUUCUUGUGGACGACCUUUUUUCAGAGAUGAAACAUCGCAAGAUUCUUGUGGACGACCUCUUUUUUCACAGAUGAAACGUCGCAAGAUUUUUGUGGACGACCUCUAUUUGCGCAGUCGAAACGUGGCAAGAUUCGUGUGGACCACCUCUAUUCUCGCAGACCUCUUUUUUCACGGACGAAAUGUCACAAGUUUCUUGUCGACGACAUUUUUGUUAACAGACGAAAAAUCACAAGAUUCUUGUGGACGACAUCUUUUUUCACAGAUGAAACAUCAAAAGAUUCUUACGAAACAGCACAAGAUUCUUGUGGACGACCUCUUUUUUCACAGAAGAAACAUCACAAGAUUCUUGUGGACGACCACUUAUUUCACAGACGAAAUGUCGGAAGAUUCUUGUGGACGACAUUUUUUUUCACAGACGAAACAUCACAAGAUUCUUGUGGACGACUCUUUUUUCACAGGUGAAACAUCGCAAGAUUCUUGUGGACGACCUCUUUUUUCACAGACGAAACAGAACAAGAUUCUUGUGGACGACCACUUUUUUCACGGACGAAAUGUCGCAAGAUUCUUGUGGACGACAUUUUUUUUCACAGACGAAACAGAACAAGAUUCUUGUGGACGACCACUUUUUUCACAGAUGAAAUAUCAAAAGUUUCUUGUGGACGACCUCUUUUUUCACAGACGAAAAAGAACAAGAUUCUUGUGGACGACAUCUUUUUUCACAGAUGAAACAUCGCAAGAUUCUUGUGGACGACCUCUUUUUCACAGAUGA